UUCCACGAUAAACCCCAGAAGCUUCUCCUCCCCAGCGCCGCCGAAACCCUAGCCGCGCCAUGGCCCUCGCGCUGCGCCUCCGGCGAGCCAUCGCGGCCGCCUCCCUCCUCCGGCCGGCGGCGUCGGCGUCCACCGCCACCCGCUCCGCCCCCCUCGCCCCCUCCGCGGCGCUGCCGGUCUCGCGGCCGUGGCUCCCUGCCGGCGCCGGCGCUGGCGCUGCCGGGUUCCGGUCGUCGGCGGCGGCCGCGGCUCGCGGGGAGGACUACGGGAGGCGUGACAUGGACGACAAGAUCUCCCCCGACGAGAUCCUCUUCGAGGGCUGCGACUACAACCACUGGCUCAUCACCAUGGAGUUCCCCGACCCCAAGCCCACCCGCGAGGAGAUGAUCGAGACCUACCUCCAGACCCUCGCCAAGGUCGUCGGAAGUUAUGAGGAGGCUAAGAAGAGGAUGUAUGCUUUUAGUACAACAACAUAUGUUGGUUUCCAAGCUGUAAUGACUGAGGAGAUGUCAGAAAAAUUCCGCGGAUUGCCUGGAGUUGUAUUCAUAUUACCUGAUUCAUAUCUUUAUCCAGAGACAAAGGAGUAUGGAGGUGACAAAUAUGAAAAUGGUGUCAUCACUCCAAGACCACCUCCUGUUCAUUAUAGCAAACCUUCGAGGACUGAUAGGAACCGUAACUAUCGAGGAAAUUACCAGAACAGUCCUCCGCAAGGAAAUUACCAGAACAGUCCUCCACAAGGAAAUUACCAGAACAGUCCUCCACAAGGAAAUUACCAGAACAGUCCUCCACAAGGAAAUUACCAGAACGGUCCUCGACCAUAUGGCGCACAGCAAGAUGGAAGAGGCUAUGCCCCACAGCAGAAUUAUGCACAAGCUGGCCAAGGUGGUCAAGGCUAUGUUAGGAACAAUUAUACAGAUCGUCCAGGUUACAGUGGAUCCUCUGGUGGCUACCAAGGGCAUGCAAAUCCACCAGGCCAAGGUCAAGGUUACUACAACUCACAAGAGCACAGGAACUUCUCGCAGGAGCAGGCAGGCAAUUUCAGGCCUGGUGGCUCUUCAGCACCUGGAACUUAUGGUCAACCACCUGCACCCGGAAGUUAUGUGCAAUCACCUCAACCAACUUAUUCUGGAAGCAACCAAGGAACUCCUGGUGUAAAUCCUGGUUAUGGUGGAAACAACAGGCAGGGGGCUGGACCUGCAUAUGGAGGAGAUAACUGGCAAGGGGGCUCUAAUCAGUAUCCUAGCCAAAGUGAAGGACAACAAGAGAGCUGGCAGGGAAGGCAGUAACAUGAGUUCGACUCACGGGCGAGAGGGCAUAAUUGUGCUGCUUGAAAUGUAGAAACUUCCACCUGUACAAUAAACGACUGUGCUUACUAUUUCUUGCUGCUUGCAUUCAUGUUCUAAAGGACUAGCUGUUACCUACUUAGCCUACUACCAACAGUCUGAAUGGGUGCAGACAUUAUUAUUGUUGUUCUUGCCAUAUUGUCAUUUGCACCACAAGCUCGUCCUUUUUGAUGGCUGGCACCUGGCAUGCGUGUCUAUGUAUCCCUUGUUGAAUUCGUGGCAUCUGCAUACAGUUGAUAGUUUCCAGAAGUUGAAUCUUAUCACAAAUGGAAUGGACAGAAAUAUUUAUGAUUACAACUUUAUAUAACCCAUGAUGUUUUUAUUAGUUCUUAUU